GCGGCAUUCAACUUGGGUAUGUAGCCUCAGACGAGAGCUAGAUGCUUCUGGUGUUACGCGUCGCAGUCAAUCUAGUCAUUCCACCACAUCUACUAAGUACUUGUUCCUCGUUGAACCCACAAUAUUGCAGUGGUCUGACAUCAGCCGAAUUCGUAUCAUAGAAAAUGCCUCAUACCUUUCAGCAGAUGGGGCGCCCAGUCUGCAUGCCACUAAUUGACUGGGAUACGAGUACGGUUUCAAAAAACGCUGGCUGGGUACGAAGGACGGCUGCUGUUCACAAUUUCAGUGAAGUCUUGAAUCGGAUCGAAGUCCGAAAGACAGCACACGAAGUCGGUGAGAUUCUGUUCGUUGUCAGUGACACGGGCAGGACUGAAGGAAGACUGCAGCGAGUCGUGAGAGUGAAAAAAUGGAGUGACUGAAUGUUCCAAGAAAAACAUCUCGGAUUCAAUUCGGGACCAGAAUUUCAUCCAAACCUGUUUGUGUCGAAGUCUAGCCUCGAUGACGAUCAGCAUCUGCCACUGCGGUACCUUGACGAUCUCAAUCCAACGGUACCUGAUGCCAACACCCUUCUCCG